GCGGCGGGAGCGGAGCGGGAGGUGCCGAGAGGCCGGUGAGAGCCGAGCCGAGCCGAGCCGAGCCGAGCCGAGCCGAGCCGAGCCGAGCCGAGCCGCCGCCAUGGCUGAGGAGCUCAGUGAGCUGCUGAAGGAGUUCGACGAGGUCAUGGAGGACUUUGAGCGGGGCCCUGCGAGUCAGUACCAGCAGCACCUGGAGGAGCUGAAGAGGAAAGCAGGACAGAGUGUGUAUGACAGUGGCAUCGAUGAGCUGGAGAGUGCUGGCACGUCCCCAGGAAGCAGCCUCAACUCCAGUGAGGAGCACCUCAACACCCCAGCUGACACUUACCCCACCAAAGCAAAGCUUGGAGACACGCAGGAGCUGGAGGAGUUCAUCGCAGACCUGGAUAAAGCCUUGGAGGAGAUGUGAGCCGUGCAGUCUGCAAGGAGCAGCCCCAGCCCUGAGUGUCCCUGAUGCUGCCUCUGCUUCUGCGCCCCAGCUGGGGUGGGGACAAGGACGGGCAGUGGGGACGGAUCCAGCCCUGGGACCAUGGUGACAAGGCCCUGCCAGCGCCAGGAGAGGACAGCCCUGGGUGGGCACCAAAGGGUUUUAGGGGAGCUGGACCACUCUUGAAGCCCCCAGAGUGGUUUUGGGGAGGAUCAGCUUGCAGGACGUCAGCGUGACCUUGGUGUCCCCCCCAGGAUGGGAACCCCCCAUUCCCUGGUGGCAUCUGCCACUGCUGACCCUUGCUCUGCAUGGGGAGCCCCAAAUCGGGCCCCUCUCUGUCCCCCAAGUGCCUCUGCCCCAGCUGCUGCUGUAAAUACUGUGAAAAAGAUGUUUUGUUCUGUACGGAGGGGUCGUGGUUCUGUGAACAGGAUUUUAAACCUC